AUGCAGCGGCUGCAACUGGGCGAACUGGCUACAGUCGAGGACUUUGACACGUACAAAAACUUUCCGGCGCUCUUGCGUGACAAGGAGGCCUUCAGCCUCGAGAUAUGCGCCGAGCAUGAGCCGGAUGUCCAGGACAUUCUGGGAGCCGCGCAGGCCGAGGCUGAGGCCAAGGCAAUCGCCGCGAAACUUGUGACGCUUCACGCGGACAGCAUCGCGGUGACCUUCGAGGGUUCGGCGCUUCUGCUCCGGCUGCACAGGGAUUGCUUGAACAGCGUCCAGAGCUUCGCAUUGCCAGCACGCAUCGUGUCGUUGGUGCUGGUGCAACAGCCCUACACCAGCAUGGAAAGCGGGGAGGCGGUCUUGGUGAGCUUGCAGGGCGGGGGUCUGCACGCCAUCCAGGUGUCCGGGGAUGCACACUGCCGCACCCUGUGCCGGGCGCAGCUCAACAGCACGAAGCGGCCGUUCCUCAGUGCUGCUCUCAUGGAGCAGGACUCUGGCAUCAUGGCACUGGUGCAUCGAGCCGCCCGUGGUCACACCAUGGGUUUCGUGGAGCUGAUGGCGGUGCGGCUCAGGGAAUCUGGCCCCGAGGAAGUUGAGCCAUUGUGGGUGGCACGGGGUCCGCACCCUCCACAUGCUGCACAUUGGCAGACUGCCCAACUGGGCCUUCUGGUAGCAUCUGGAGGCUUCGAAUUGGCAGAAGAUUCCGAAGAUUCUGCGGGACCCACAUUACUGCAGACCGAAGAUGCUGUGUGCACAGUGUUUUGCAUGGAGUCGGUGGUGCGCCUGGACAACUGGCUGCUGCCCAGAGGCGAGGUCUUGUGCUGCUCAGCGCACGCGGGCGGCCUCGAGGUUGCAUUGACACACUCUUCCGGAGGCGCGCUGCUCUUCAAGUUGGUGCUGCAUUCAGCAUGUCCUCUUCUUCAGGAUGCCUCCAUCAUUCCAGGGGCUGCUGCUUGUGCAGCGGCACGAGAGCAGCUCCGAAUCUUCAAGGUGGCUCCGGAUCGCAGCUACUUCGUGCUGGUGGAUGGAAGUGAUCGUAGUGGGGCGGUCGUGUUCCUGUGCCCCGGACCAAACCCCAAAAGCUCGCGCUCACCCACGGCCACAGUAUGUACAGAGCCUGUGGAAGCUGUGCAGUUACUACCUUCCUCCCUUUUGCUUCGCACACGUGAAGGCAUCCAACGGUGCACUCUGAACAUGUCUGCGAAAGUCGAGGGAGUGAAGCGUGAGCUCAUUUCCAGGGACUUAAUGCCUCUCGGGAUGGAUCCCCAGGCAUUGCUGAAGAUGCUCGAUAUGCAGGGGGAGGACUAG